AGGGACCAUGAUGCUGCUGGGUGCCUUGUUGUUACAUCUUGUAGUUUGUGGAGCAUUGCUCAGACCGAACAAGAAACUAAACAUACAAAUUAAUGAUUACGAGAUAAUCAGUGAGGAUGUUUCAGCGGAUGAGACGAGUCCAGUAGAUUAUGGAUGUCGAUGCAUCUUAACAUCCAUCAAGGAUCUGUUCAAGACUGACAUGUUCACUUCGCCAGACUAUUGGCUCGUAGUUCUGGUAUCAAUCUUCACGACAGUCACAGCCACAGCGUGGGUUGUGUAUUUCGCACCGAACGUUAACCAAUCCAAAGACUUCUCUUUAGCCGAUGCUGCCAUCUUUGUAUCAAUAUUCGGUGUGGGCAAGAUAGUCGGAAACCUAGCCGCUUGUUUCUUCGACAGUUGUCAAGUUGUCAGCACAAAUGCAUGGAUGGGACUGGCAGUCAUUGGUAGUUGUGCGUGUUUCUUGAUUGAUCCGCUCUUAAACUCGUAUUGGCCCAUCAUGGUGUAUGCCUUUAUCUACGGCUGUUUCCAUUCCUGCACGUAUACUCUUUUGGAUGUUCUAACCAAGAAAUCUGUUGGCGCGGAACGGCUGGGGAGUGCUCUAGGAUGGAUCGGUUUAAAGGCGGGCCUCGUCAGGGCAUUAUUUGUCUUCUUUCCAGGACUGAUUUACGAUAUCUACGGCAGCUUCACUCUGGCUUUUAUUAUGUUGGCUGUGAUCAACGCGUUAGCCUUGCCUGCUCUACUGGCGCUGGCAUGGCGUCAAAGAUAGUCCGAGGCUUGUCCACGGAAGCUUAGGGUCCGCACAAAAUGUUUUUGCAUUAUCUUGUCAUUUGGACCUUGUAGGGCAAUAUUCCGAUAGCUAUAGGGUGCCACCUUGGCACACUUGAGCAUUUUUUAAUAGUUCCCGCCAUAAGGAAAAUAUGAGUUUUCUAUCUAUGCAGGAUUUUGCCCAAACUUAUCAAUCGAGGUGUCCAGAACAUGUUUGGGGGUAAACAAAUUCAUUUAAGCCAUUUUCUAAUGACUAAUUUAUGUAUUUUAUGCAUAAUAUGCAAAUCAGCAUCCUCCAUUAUUUAAUUUCCAUCUAUAUCUCCGCAAGAGUUUGUCCAAUCGUAUAAAUUAAAACGAGGAAUCUAAACCCAUAU